ACAGAGGCCUCUUUUCCGUGGAUGUAAACAAUUGGAACAACGAAAGUCCCGAACUUUGAACCCAAGGAAGGGCGAAAGCUUCUCAUCACAUUACAAAAUCAAAACAUGGCUUCUUCCAUCUCAAUUCCCCGCAGAGUCCCUCUGCUUCUAAUCAGCGAUAAUGUGUUACUUCCUGGAUCUUCCAUGCGGAUUCCUGUCAGAAGUCUAAAAAACAUGAAUAUGGUGAAGAGCAGACUCCUAGGCAGCAACACACUGAGAAGCACCAUCAUUGGAGUCAUCCCCAAGACCCACGACUCGGAUGAUGUGGAUGAAGACUUGUCCAGCUUGCACCCUAUUGGCACUGCGGCUGUGGUGGUGCAGAUCACUGGCACUAAUUGGCCUAGGCCGGCUUACACGCUACUGGUCACUGGCCUAUGUCGUUUCCAGGUAGAAUCGUUGUUGCAGGAGUCCCCCUACCCCGUGGCUUCAGUUAAACAGCUGGACAAACUCUCUGAGGAUGAUAAUGAAGAGAUACAAGCUAGUGAAGAGUUGGGUUCCUUGGCUGAAAAUUUCCGGGAGCAAGCAGCAAAACUAGUGGAGAUGCUAGACACUUCGAUACCUGUGGUGGCCAAACUGAAGAAAAUGCUUGACACUGUGCCAAGCCAACAUCUGCCAGAUGUAUGUUCCACCAUCGUGAAGGCCUCUUUCUCAGAGAAGAUCCAAGUACUGGAUGCGGUCGACCUGGUGGAGAGGUUCAAGAAAGCCUUACCACUGCUCAUGAGGCAGAUUGAGGGACUGAAACUGCUCAAGAAAGCCCGUAAGGAGGGAAAGGUGGAGAUUGUUACUAGGAAGGAAGUAAGCCGACCUCUCAACAUGCGUGGCGUCUUUCGGAAACUGGAUGCUGACCUCGACGAGGAUGAGAGGGAGGAGGACAUUGAUGAGACUGCUGACUUAGAGGCAAAGAUAAAAGCGGCCAAAAUGCCAGAGCAGGCACACAAAGCCUCUAUGAAGGAGCUGAAGAGGCUCAAGAAAAUGCCUCAACACAUGCCCGAACACGCCAUGAUCAGGAACUACCUGGAGCUGAUGACAGAGCUGCCAUGGUCACGAGGCACCAAGGACACACUGGACAUUGUGCAGGCCAAGCAGGACCUGGAUGCCGACCACUAUGGCCUGGACAAGCUCAAGAAACGUGUGUUGGAGUAUUUGGCUGUCCGACAGCUCAAGAACUCCCUCAAGGGUCCAAUUCUGUGCUUUGUGGGCCCACCGGGUGUGGGGAAGACGAGUCUGGGUCGUUCUCUAGCCAACACGCUGGGAAGAGAGUUCCACCGAAUUGCCCUUGGGGGAGUGUGCGACCAAUCAGACAUUCGGGGCCAUCGUCGAACAUACAUCGGCUCCAUGCCGGGCCGUAUUGUACAAGGUUUACGCACUGCAAACACUAACAACCCGGUGUUCCUUCUUGAUGAGAUCGAUAAACUGACCAAAAGCCUGCACGGAGACCCAGCAGCUGCAUUGCUUGAGGUGUUGGACCCGGAGCAGAAUCACAACUUUGUGGACCACUACAUCAAUGUGCCCUUUGACCUGUCCCAGGUCUUGUUUAUUGCCACUGCCAACAACAUGGCGGCCAUCCCCCCGGCUUUGCUUGACCGCAUGGAAGUCAUUCAGAUCCCAGGCUACACGAUGGAGGAGAAGAUGCACAUCGCUCGGCGACAUCUCAUCCCCAAACAGUUGAAGGAACAUGGACUGUCUCAUGAGCAGCUACAGAUACCUGAUGACACUGUCAAAAUGAUCAUUUCCAGUUACACCCGAGAGGCGGGGGUUCGUACCAUGGAGCGCCGGUUAGCUGGUGUGUGCCGAGCUGUUGCUGUCAAAGUUCUGGAGUCGCGGAACAGUAAAGACCAGCAGAAGACUGUGGGCCUCAAGGAUGGACAGAAGGCAAAGGAGAAAGAAGAGGAAAACAAGGAGGAAUCUGCGCUGGUGCACCCACCAGAGAUGCCGAUUGUCAUAGAUGAGGCAGCCUUGGAGGAUAUUCUGGGGCCUGUGAUGUUCCAGCAAGAAAUGUCUCAACGAUUGUCUCAGCCGGGCGUGGCAGUAGGCCUGGCCUGGACUGCCAUGGGAGGAGAGAUCAUGUUUGUGGAGGCCACGCGGAUGCCAGGGGAGGGGAAGAUAACUCUCACUGGACAGCUGGGGGAUGUAAUGAAAGAGUCCGCAUCACUCGCCUUGAACUGGGUGCGGGCCAACGCUAAGAAAGUGGGUGGGAUCAAGGAGAAAGUUUUGGCAGCUCAUCGGGCUGGAAUCUAUCGCAUCAUUCUGCCACAGAGGAACAGGAAGGACCUACAUGAGAUUCCUGAGAACAUUCGGCGUGAAAUGAGCUUUGUGUUUGCGAACAGACUGGAGGAGGUUCUUGAUGCUGCCUUUGAUGAUGGCUUUCCUAGCAUAAGCACCCUCAUGGACACCACUUCCAAGUUGUAGGCAAGGACCUUUAGAGAUAUACUGAUGAGCUGCAAAUGACUGUUGGUGACCAUUUAGAUUUAGACUGGAUCUACCUUUUGUCUGUAACUGAAACAGUCUGUGUCAGUUUUGGCAUUCUGUGAUGCUGACUGUCUCAAUACAGGUCACAGUGACAGACAAAACUGACCUUAUGAGAUCCACUCAAAACACUGACUUUGCAAUUGAUUUGUUGCUUAUUGUUGAAUUUGUUUUGUUUGCUAAUUAUGCCGGUAUUUAUUUUGAUUUUGAUUGCUCACUCUUUAGAUUAUCUGUUUGUAUCAAGUUUCAUUGUUGGUUUGGUUAAUAUUCUUCCAUGGUAAGUAAUCAGAAAAAGAAAUUUGAACUUCUAUAUUGGGUGAUGGUCCAGAUUUUGGUGUAACUCAACAUGAUGUAAGAUCCUGUGAUGUGGAGACAACACAUGGAUCUUUAGACUUCUAGGUAGAAGUGUUUUUGUUUAAACAAGAACAUUGGCCAUAAAUAAGAACUAAAUUAUCCAGAAACAAAUUUUACCUAAAGUGUCAUCAUCUCCUGAUCUGUGAAGCUAGAGUGAGAGUUGCAUCCAUUGAUGUUUAUAUUGCAGGUCUGUCUGGUGUGCACUUUAAAGUUGUGGAGUAGGACAGACAAUUUAUGAAAAAAAAAAAAAAAGGCAUUAAUCUUAAGCUUCUUUCUGAAUCCUGAAUUAAGUGUUAUUACACCCUAGAACUAGAUUGAAGUGCUUAUUAUUAUUACAAUAUUACAACAGCACAAUGAAACUGUCUGUGUAAUCAGUUUCGUGAGAAUGGCUUGGGAUAUGGAAGUGCAAAGAUUUUAAUUUCUGCUUUGUAUUCUCCUGAGAUGAUUUUUAAGAAUAGACAUCAUACAUGUAUCCACUAUGAAGAAAGAUACACUGGUAAAGGUCUACAUGUAUGUAUUGCUGUUCAUCAUGAGUGUAGUGAAGUCUUUUCCCCCCCACCUUACAUCUUGUUCCUGUAUGUAAACUGAUGUUGGUGUGUGUUUGUAAGUGUGCUCAGUCCGCAUUACUUUGGUGCUAGGGUGUGUUCAUUGACAUUAGUAUAUGUUCCUUGAUGCCUUUGUGCAUAGAUAUAAUGACAGUAGUGUAAUUUGGUUGCUGCCUUUUAGUUGGCACAUGUGUGUAUAAACUUGUUGCUGCAGGUGCAUGCACCUUACUGUUCUGAAGUUUAUAGGUCUUCUUUUUUUUUCAAUGUUGUCUUGAACGUGAAGUUUAAUUGACUUGUACUGUACUUUGGUGCCAAGGUUGAAUGGGAACAAAGUGGUACACGUGUGUUUUUAAAGAAGAAUACUUUGCCUAGCCAAAUGUUAGAUUCGAGCCCACGACCUAAAAAAAGGCUUUUGUUUAUAUUGUUGCCUUAUUAGUCUGUGGCUAUGUUGAUUUUUGUCCUUUUGUUAUCUGGGCAGGAUGCUGUGAUAUAGGGCUUGGAAUUAUUCGUUUAGCACAUAAGUUGAUAUUAUUGUACAUGCAGGAUCUUCUUUGUCUCUUCUCUGAUCUGUAGGGAGCUGAUCUUGUUGUACAUGUAUUUUUAAUCGAGGAAGGGAUUUUAUAGUCAUGUAUUCCGCUAUGAAUCUGUGCACCUUGUGGGGAAUAUGUAAUUCUGUUUUUUAUGUUCUGCAUGUUAAUAAAGGAGAUUUCUGAUGGCCAUUUGAUGUCUGACACUU